CCGCGGCAGAUGUCAUUCGUCCGCCCGGUUUCUGAUGGUGAGCAGUCGUGUUUCCUGAAGAGUGGUCAUGUAGGAACCAUAACCAAGGUCUUUCUAGCUUGUCGUUUCAGCUAGAGGGUGAUGAUGUUGUUGUAGCACAGGUGACGUCCAAACGCCUCAAAAUCGAAAAGCAUGAUCGCGCGACGCGUCCACGCGCCGAAAGUCCGAGCGUUCCGCGCGCCACCUCCGACCUGCAUUCCACACCGACCACUCCCCACUUGCCUCUGGUGAUGUAUUAGCCAGUGAGAGCAGAGCAUGUUCAGAAACCCACGCGAAAACAUCCACAAGCCUCCGUCGCAACGACUUGCUCCAUCUGUCGGCCGUCCUCCUUCGCCACCAGCCGCCAGCCCACGAACUGCUCAAGCGCAACCCCCGCUUCCUGCGCCCAAGCCAAUGGCUACGAAGACAAUGACUCCAAGACCGUGGCGAUCGUCUCAGAAACCGAAACAGACGAAGCUCGACUUCAGCAAGAGCAGCAAGGGCGGCAUACCGAGAUCAAAAGUCAAGCCGAAUGCGAGCAUACUCAGCUUCUUCAAGAAAACGGACGGGCCGGUCGUCGAUGAUCCGGGACUCUUUUUGGAGGAUAGAGGCAAGGCACGGGCUGCAGCGAGCAUCACGAUUGACGAUGAUGAAGAGGAGCCGGCAGGCUGGGAAGAUAAGCAGGGUUCCGAGGAUGGUAUAGCGGACGAUCGCUUCAAUGAGAGCAGUGGUAGCAACAAGAGGAGGAAGAUCAGCGAUGCAUCUGAGGACAGCCCCAAGGAACCGGAGAAGGCGUGCUCCCCUCCGCCGCCAGAAGUUACCCAGCCUAUGGAAGAAAAGAAAUCAGUUAAGCGUCCUUCUGGCCCUUUUUUCGAGGAUUCGGACAGCGAGGAUGAGACGCCGCCACUACAUAAAUCGUCACCCAAGAGCCAGUCGCAAACAAAUGCCGAGCCACCGCUCAAGAACGAAGCAAAUUCAGCAGAAGAGGUCGGUGAAGACUCCAACCACUUAGAAACAAAGGAUCCUCCGCCACUAAAACAUGAACCCACCAGCUUUGCCGAUGAUGGCUUUGCUGAUUUUGAAGGAAUCGAAGACUUUGACGAGUUUGACGAGGGAGAAGAGCUAGAUGCGAGGGUGUGGGCACAAGAACAGAAGAGACUUGAGAUGGCAGAGUUUGAUUUGGAGGAUAUUGACGCAGAUGAUGUGAAGGCCGAACCGGGCGCGAGUAGCACAACGAUGGUCACUGACGCACCGAUCUGUCCGAUUUGCAACGCGAACCUCGACGGGAUAUCAGAAAAGGAUGCAUCGGUUCAUGUCAACAAUUGUUUGGACGGAAACCCUACGCCUUUACCCACGAACAAUGCUGCAGAAGCUACGACAGCAUCAAGUCCCCAUCGUUUCCAACGACCACCAAAACCGGCACAGAAGAAUCCGUUCACUGUGGGAGAGAGCUCUACCGGUUCGGCGUUUACCAAGUUGAUGUCAGGUCAUGCCGAAGACGCUGCUUGGGCCAAUGCGGCAGCGGCAGAACACGCCGCCCGCGGGAAGCCAUCAUACCAGCGGACCUGCCCGUUCUACAAGAUCCUACCCGGUUUCUUCAUCUGCGUCGAUGCGUUUCGGUAUGGAGCUGUCAAAGGCUGCAACGCCUACUUCCUGAGUCACUUCCACAGCGAUCAUUACGUCGGCCUUACCGCGUCAUGGAAACAUGGUCCCAUCUACUGCAGCAAAGUCACGGCAAAUCUCGUCCUCCAGCAGCUCCGCGUGGAUCCAAAGUGGGUGGUCGCCCUCGACUGGGAGCAGGAGACGGAAGUGCCAGGUACGGGUGGAGCCAAUGUGACGAUGAUUCCGGCAAACCACUGCCCUGGCAGUUCGCUCUUCCUUUUCGAAAAGGCGAUUGGAAGUGGCAAGAACCCGAAGACGCAGCGAAUACUGCACUGUGGAGAUUUCAGAGCAUGCAGAGCCCACAUCGAGCACCCGCUGCUCCGGCCGGAUGUCAUGGACGCGGUAUCGGGGAAAACGCGACAGCAAAAGAUUGACGUUUGCUAUCUCGAUACGACGUACUUGGACCCAAAGUAUGCGUUCCCCAGCCAAGAAGAUGUCAUCAAAGCAUGUGCAGACAUGUGCGUCAGCCUCAACAAGGAACGCAUCGACGAAACGGACAGCUGGGAGCAGAUGAAGCGCGAACGGGCAGGCAAAGGCAUGGUCAACUUUGUGCAUAAGGAUUCGGAGCCAUCGACGACAGACACCGAGACAGCUCGCGGCAAACUCCUCGUGGUGGUCGGCACGUACAGCAUUGGCAAAGAGCGCAUCUGCCUAGGCAUCGCCCGCGCGCUCAACAGUAAGAUCUACGCCCCACCAGCCAAGCAGCGAAUCUGCGCAAUGCUCGAAGACCCCGAGCUCUCGGAACUAUUGACUACCGACCCCCGCGCCGCACAAGUGCACAUGACGCCGCUGUUCGAGAUCCGCGGCGACACACUCGCCGACUACCUGACGUCGCAAGGCGGGGCGUUUGCGCGCGCGGUUGGCUUCCGGCCCUCAGGGUGGUCGUACCGCGGGCCGGCGGGGCGGCAGACAGACAGCCCGCAGGUGUCGGCGGUGCUGCGGGCGCCGGCGUGGCGCUCGCGCUUCGCGAUGAAGGACCUGGUGCCGCAGCGGGGGAGCACGCGCCAGGCGUCCUACUUCGCGGUGCCGUAUUCGGAGCAUAGCAGCUUUGCGGAGCUGACGAGGUUUUGUUGCGGGUUGCGGAUCGAGCGCGUGGUUCCGACUGUGAAUGUGGGCAGUGCGAAGAGUAGGGAGAAGAUGAAGACGUGGUGUGAUAGGUGGGCGGCGGAGAGGCGUAAGAAUGGUGUGUUUAGACUGGAGGAGGGGGAGAAGUGGUAGGCUGUUUGGUUUAAAUGGCACUGGCUUUGGGGUGGGUUUGGGGUUAUGCUCGAGGUACAUUUUUGCAUGGGGGUGAGCCGCCGUCGGAAAGCUUGCUGAUCGAUGCAUCAGUUGAAAGUGUAGUCUUCUUGCUCUCUUCGAUACCUAUGCAUACGAAUUUGCAUAUUGGAAAGUCUACUUGCUCCGGCUUUUUUCUGUUUUUCUUUUCUCUCAUCUACCCCCUGUUUCGUUCGCAGCGUGCUUACGCGCAGGGUUGAGCACGGC